AUGAAUCGACUUUUCCAUGCUGUUCCUACAGCCAGAGUAACGGCUGCGCGAUAUUCUACCCAUUCAAUUCGGGAUCCAAAAAUUUCUAGUCUCGUGCCCCUGAUCAAUAUUGCAAAACCAAUAUUUGCCUCUGAUGCCUCCCACUUGAGGGAGAUCCAUGAAAACCUUGAAGCCAAAGGCGUGGUCCAAGUGCAGUUGGGGUUUGGCGACGAGAAUAGUACAUAUCUCCAGAGCUUGAUAUCCAAUCUUCACAAAAACCACAACCACGGUCUCCCCAUAACCCACAGCGCCGAGCGCGGUUGGUUUUGGGAUGUUCGGCCCUCUCCCGCUAGCUUCCAAAGCCAUGGACACCAAGCUCGAUCAGAGACAAUGUCUCAGUUUGAAUGGCACACCGACUGCAGCUAUGAGGAGCAACCCCCGCGAUUCUUUGCUCUUCAGGUUCUUCAGCCAGAUCGUUGUGGCGGUGGGACACUGUCCGUUCUGAAUGUCGAUCGACUCCUUACCUUGCUUUCGCCUUUUGCGCAACGAUGGCUCUCUAGCCAUAACUACAAAAUUACCGUCCCUCCCGAAUUUAUCAAGACGGAGGGGAAACAGCACAUCGUGGGCAAUCUGCUCGCUGUGAGACCCGGAGGAAAGCCCGGCAGUCAAUUGCGGUUUAGGGAAGACAUCACGGUUCCCUUGACAUCGAACGCUACGCAAGCAUUGGACGAGCUGAAAAAAAUCCUUUACGGUGGCGCUCGGGAAGAGACUCUCCAUCUCACACCCCAGAGUCUCCCGCAAGGAUCAAUCAUCAUGAUGGAUAAUCGACGGUGGCUUCAUUCACGUAAUGAAGUCAAAGAUCCCAACCGGCAUCUUCGGCGAGUCCGGUGGGAUGCAUCACCAUUUGGGCCUAAAGGACUGAAUGUGAACCUCCUGGACCAAGACCGUCACAGUUAUAUCUCAAGACUGAGCAACUGCUCCUCUUCUUGGCCAGCCGGAUCCUUGGAUGCAUCAUGUCCUUGUCCCGUGCUGACCACCCAACGACACGAUGAUGAGUUGAGAAACUUGCACCUGGCUUUGAAAUUGGCACUCGAGGAUAUCAUUGAGCGAUGGUGGACAGAUGAAGAAGCCAACUUCCCUCUGCGCAUGCCGUUAGAACAGGAGGAGGAAGAUCUCUUGCGCUGGAUGCACUCAAACCGAGACCUGUUCCCACUAUGGAACCAGCGACAGGGAUCUUGGAGACCAGACUUUUUGGUGGAGCAAGACGAAGCUGGCAGGGAAGUUUUUCGCGUCUGUGAGAUCAAUGCGAGAUUCUGCUGGAAUGGCUACAUGCAUGCUGGCUUUGGUCAAGAAUCGCUGGCGGCAUUCAAUAUUGAAUCACGGGGUCUGACUCACGCCGUGGCGGCUGAAACGAUUCUCGGUGGAUUGUUGGAACUAUUCGAUAGCAAACUUCCUCUGCAUCUUGUCAAAGGUGAAGAGCACGGUGUUGAUAUCGCGAUGUUUAUCGAAUUUGCACAGAAGAGCCUUGGUAUCAAAGUACGACUCAUCACUCCAGACACUCUCCGGCUUAUCCCAGAUUCUACUCAGUCUGGGAAAGGGGGAUACAAGCUGUGCUGUCUCGCUGAAACAGAUGCCGUUGAUACAAUUACAACCGAGUCGGGCGAGAUCGUGGAAGAGAUUCAUCAGAUUGGUCUCGAACUCCACCAGCGGGAGAUCAAUGGUCUUGAUUUGGAAAUGAAGCGUCAGAUCAGCCUACGGUGCUUCAACGACAUGCGAACCAUCCUACUUGCUCAUGACAAGAGAAUGCUGGGACUUGUUCUUGAAGAAUUGAACUCUUUGAUUCACAGGCACAUCAUCACCCCUGAACAGGCCCAAUGGCUUGAGGGGGGCUUGGCUCACACGGUUCUACCGGGCUCCACAGGGUUAAACCAAUUUAUUGAGAAUUGCAAAGCCUCGGUUGUGUUCCAAAAUGACUACCUACUUAAACCGAUUAGGGGUGGAAAGGGAGCUGGUAUCUUGUUUGGCGAUGAAAUCGGUCACUCCGACUGGCUAGCUCUGCUGGAACCGAUCCGGUGUCCAAGACUAAGACAGGGAAAGACGCUCUACGUUGUGCAGCGCAAAGUCCGCCAACCAUACUACGAUGUGCUUUUGGGAUCGAGAGCCAAGUCAGAGCGCUGCCACAUGGUCGGGACCUAUCACGCCGUUAAUGGUCAUUUCCUUGGACUGGGGAUUUGGAGAUGUAGUCCUGGGAGAUUAUGUGCUAUCUCUAAUGGGGCUACCUGGAUGUGUUCUGUUAAGCAGUCCUAG